AUUGACAUUGACAGAUUGCGAAGCAGAAAAACGAAAUGAAAGGAGCUGUGUAGCGUGAGGUUAACCUACAAUUAUUUAUUAGAUACCGUUCUUACUUUUACUUUACUAUUAGCCUUGACUGGUCGUGACUGAAAGCACUAGAUACACAUUUUUACUUGUGUUAUAAUGGCUGAAUCUCAAGAAACUUUGCUUCAACAAAUAAAGGAACAGGGUGACAUCGUGAGGAAGUUAAAAGCUGCGAAGGAAUCAGGAGAUAAGCAGAAGAAGGCGGAAAAAUGUAUUUACAAUCUUGAAGAAAUAGAUAAACAUUUAUCUCAGUUUAGUUACUUGAGUGGAUACACUCCCACUCAAUUAGAUUUAGAGAUUUUAAAUAAAUUAGGUCAAGAUAUAAAUAUUCAAAAAUAUAAAUACAUGAAGAGGUGGUUUUACCAUAUGCGGAGUUUCAAUGAGUCCGAAAUAAGUCUUUUUCCUGUAUCUUGCUCUCCAAAUGCAUUUAAUAAUCUGCAAAUAGGCAAUGAUAAGUCCUAUGAUGAGCAGAUUCAAGUCGAAGUUAGCAAGUUAUUGGCUUUAAAAGCGCAGCUUGGAACUGAAGAUGCAUCAUCACAAAAGUUUGUCCUCAAAACUCCAAAAGGAACGAGAGAUUACAAUCCACAACAAAUGACAAUCAGAAACAAUGUGUUACAAAAGAUUAUUACAGUUUUCAAGAAGCAUGGAGCUGAAAGUAUUGAUACUCCAGUUUUUGAGUUGAAGGAAGUACUUACAGGAAAAUAUGGUGAAGAUUCAAAAUUAAUCUAUGAUUUAAAAGAUCAGGGAGGUGAAAUCCUUGCCUUGAGAUAUGAUCUCACAGUACCAUUAGCCAGAUAUCUGGCGAUGAGCAAGAUCAACACUCUGAAGAGAUAUCACAUAGCUAAAGUAUAUAGAAGAGAUAAUCCAGCUAUGACAAGAGGAAGGUAUAGAGAGUUUUAUCAAUGUGAUUUUGAUAUUGCCGGUCAAUAUGAUCUGAUGGUCCCAGAUGUAGAAUGUCUCAAAGUGGUGACUGAGAUUUUAGAUGCCCUUGACAUUGGAAAGUAUGUACUGAAGGUCAAUCAUAGAAGACUACUUGAUGGAAUGUUUGAAGCUUGUGGGGUUCCUGUUGACAAAUUUCGUUCAACAUGCUCAACUGUGGAUAAAUUAGAUAAGUCGCCUUGGGAGGAAGUUAGGACAGAAAUGAUAAAUGAGAAAGGUAUUACACCAGACGCUGCUGAUAGGAUAGGAGAAUAUGUGCGCUUGAAUGGUGGCGCAGAGUUAGCCGAGAAAUUAUUAAAAGAUGAAAAAUUGUCUAAAUCCAAAGCGGCAGUGGAAGGGUUGGAAGGAAUUAAGUUAUUACUGAAGUAUAGUGAAUUAAUGGGUAUUAACGACAAGAUUUCGUUCGACUUAAGUUUAGCAAGAGGAUUGGACUAUUACACUGGAGUUAUUUAUGAAGCUGUUUUGAUACAACCAAUCAAAGUUGGAAAUGAGGAGCUUGCAGUUGGAUCGAUAGCGGGGGGCGGCAGAUAUGAUAACCUUGUUGGCAUGUUCGAUUCCAAAAACAAGCAGGUGCCGUGUGUAGGAGUGAGUAUUGGCGUGGAGCGCAUAUUCUCUAUAUUGGAGGCAAAAUUAGCCUCAGGUGAUAUUAAUGUGCGUACAAAUGAUGUACAAGUUUACGUGGCUUCAGCUCAGAAGAACUUUCUAGAAGAACGUAUGAAGAUCUGUGCUGAACUAUGGAAUGCGGGGAUCAAGACUGAACAGUCAUACAAGAAGAAUCCCAAAAUGUUAAAUCAAUUACAACAUUGUGAAGAGAAUGGCAUACCGUUAGCGGUGGUCCUUGGGGAGUCGGAGCUGAAACGUGGCGUUGUCAAGAUUAGAAACAUUACCUCCAGAGAGGAACAAGAAGUCCAGCGAAAUGAUCUCGUACAAGAACUCAAACAACGGAUAGACGCGUUAAAUGUUAAAGAAAUUAAUGGUUCAGUAUGAAUGAACGGAGGUAAAUUUAAUUAAAUAACCUUAAUUAAAAAAACUCGAUUCAUUUUAUAGGAUAUACUUGAAAACAACUAUAAAUUUAGAAAUAAUAUACAAUAUUGUGAGUGACAUAUCUGGUUUAUUUCCAUUGUAUAAUUCAUAAGCCGUCUUGUUAUUUAAAGCUAGAUGUUGAUUAUGAUUCUGUAAAUAAACUGCGGUAUUAGUGGCUUUGGCCCAAAACUCCUUGCUAAGGUUUACAUCUGCAUAUCAUUCAUUGCAUUCUGUUCAUAUAAUUGAGAUAUUUACUGUUAACAUGGCCUAAUCACUUAUGCCAAAUAUCUGAAACAGUUAAAUUAGCCAUUGUUUUUUUACACUAAUUAACUUGUAUACACCUUUAUACAACUCUGCUACUAAUUUGUUAUCUCGAUUAUAAACUUCACAGCCUUUAUAACUAAUUAUUUUACGGCUUUUACUCACGUCUAAACGUGAAACGUAAACCAAGUUAUUAAGUUCUGGCUUUGAUAGCACAUCCACUUGUCUUUACAGUCUGUUUUAUCAGUUGCCUAGUCAUCGUCUGAGUAGGCUAUAAGUUUUGUGAACUCUUCAGUCUUCCUAAAAAUCAGUCCCUGACGAGAAGUUAAAUGAAAAUGAAAAAAAAAAAUAUUUUUAGAAAACAUUCAAUUUCAAUUUAUAUUUUUUUACACAAUGUACACAAUCUAAAAUUAACACAAACAGUAAAGUGUGUAAAUAAGUAUGAAAGCGAAGCUGUAGGCUAGUUUGCUUAUUAGCAAAUUGUUCAGUUACCUUUCAUACUAGUAUAAAACUAUUACGGCAGGGCAGUAGAGCCAGUUACUGUGAUUAUCUGUUAGAACUUGUUACAGUACAGGCCGGCAGUUCCUUUAACAUAACUUAACACUCUCUUACUUGCUAACCACAACUCUUGUGUAUCUAGAAAUCUUAAGAAUGAUACAGCAUAAGUAAUAUCUGGACUUUACAUAGAAAUGUAUAACAAAGAUCCUAUUAAUUCCUUAAAAGGUACUUUAAUCACUGGAGGUAAUGGAAUGUUUACAUUAAAACUAAUUUCAAAUGGUGCUUGAUUUUGCAAUCUUGCAUGUGAUAUUUCUCCAAAAGUCAUCGACUCAAUUUCUGAAGUUUUUGUUGUGUUGAUAUUUUUUUUGCACCGUGAGCACUUACGCCUUGUCGCCAACGCUAACAUUGACAUGUUGUUUUUCUUAAUUGACAUUGGUAUUGAUUUCUACUUGUAAAUACUUGCAGAGUUAAAAUAAUUUUUGAACAUCAGAUUAUGAUGAGUUUUUGUCAAUCAAAAUCUGAAGUCUGUUUAAUUGAUAAACUAACACCAUUUUUUGUAAAUUUCUUCUUUAUUUUUCCUUAACUCAUUUUACAAUAUAACAAAAUUCUACAGAAACAUUUUUUCAUCUUGACAUUUUGUUUUCAUUACGCAUCACUUUUUCAUCAUUUUUUAUUCCAUUACAAUGUCUAUUCAGCCAGUAGUACAUAUAUUGUAACAUUUGUAAUAACAAAUUACAAUUUUACAAUUGCUGAUUACACAACAUACCAACUUAUUCUUCUU